AUAAAUAAAGAAUAACAUUCGAGAAUAUUGGAGAGGAAAGAAGACGCAAGAUAUAGUUCAAAUGCGAGCCCACCGUAGUUGGAUUGAGGACAGCAUCAUCGCUUCUGUUUUCCACGGCGACUAGGGUUUUCUUAUAAUUCUUUUUUCUCUCUGGGGGGUUCUUUUUAAUAAGGAAAACAUACAUGUUUUUUAUGAUUGAUUCUUGAGCCUGGGAGGUGCAUAAUCUUUGAAAAAGAAUUGGUGGUAUUGGGUUAGUGUGGAUUGAUAGCCAUGGCUUGGUUUAGAGCGGGUGCUAGUGUAGCAAGGCUUGCCAUUAGAAGGACUUUAUCUCAGGGUGGAUCGCAUGCAACGAGAUCACGGGUUAUACCUUCUCAGAGUAGAUAUUUCCAUUCAACAGCGACUAAGUCUAAGGAGCAAACUGCGCCUGUCCCUCACCCUGUCCCUCUCUCUAAGCUAACUGAUAACUUCUUAGAUGGGACCAGUAGUGUUUAUUUAGAGGAGCUUCAGCGAGCAUGGGAAGCUGAUCCAAAUAGCGUGGAUGAGUCGUGGGAUAAUUUCUUUAGGAAUUUUGUGGGCCAGGCUGCUACUUCUCCCGGAAUUUCAGGCCAGACUAUUCAGGAGAGUAUGCGGUUGCUGCUGCUUGUCAGGGCUUACCAGGUUAAUGGUCACAUGAAAGCCAAGUUGGAUCCACUGGGGUUGGAAGAAAGAGAAAUCCCAGAUGAAUUGGAUCCUGCUCUAUAUGGUUUCACGGAAGCUGAUCUUGAUAGAGAAUUCUUUUUGGGAGUGUGGAAGAUGGCUGGAUUUUUGUCUGAAAACCGUCCAGUGCAGACUCUUAGGUCCAUAUUGACAAGGCUUGAGCAGGCUUAUUGCGGGAGCAUUGGGUAUGAGUACAUGCACAUUGCAGAUCGUGAAAAAUGCAACUGGUUGAGAGACAAGAUUGAAACCCCAACACCUAUGCAGUACAAUCGUCAGAGGCAUGAAGUUAUUCUUGAUAGGUUAAUAUGGAGUACACAAUUUGAGAACUUCUUGGCCAGUAAGUGGACGGCAGCUAAGAGGUUUGGACUUGAAGGUGGAGAGACUUUGAUUCCUGGAAUGAAGGAGAUGUUUGAUAGGUCAGCUGAUCUUGGGGUUGAGAGCAUAGUUAUUGGAAUGCCUCACAGAGGAAGAUUGAAUGUACUGGGUAAUGUGGUUCGGAAACCACUCCGUCAAAUAUUUAGUGAGUUUAGUGGUGGCACAAAACCUGUAGAUGAAGUUGGGCUCUACACUGGAACUGGUGAUGUCAAGUAUCACUUGGGAACUUCUUAUGAUCGUCCAACUAGAGGUGGUAAGAGAAUCCAUUUAUCUUUGGUUGCAAAUCCUAGUCACCUGGAAGCUGUGGAUCCUGUUGUUGUUGGAAAAACUAGAGCCAAGCAAUAUUACUCCAACGAUUCUGACAGGACUAAGAACAUGGGGAUUUUGAUUCAUGGUGAUGGUAGCUUUGCUGGACAAGGGGUGGUGUAUGAAACUCUACAUCUUAGUGCACUGCCAAACUAUACUACUGGUGGAACCAUACAUAUUGUGGUGAACAACCAAGUUGCUUUCACAACUGAUCCGAGGGCAGGAAGAUCUUCACAAUAUUGCACUGAUGUUGCCAAGGCCUUGAAUGCACCUAUAUUCCAUGUAAAUGGAGAUGAUAUGGAGGCAGUUGUUCAUGUGUGCGAACUUGCAGCUGAGUGGCGCCAGACUUUCCAUUCAGAUGUUGUGGUUGAUUUAGUGUGCUAUCGUCGUUUUGGGCACAAUGAGAUUGAUGAGCCUUCUUUCACACAACCCAAAAUGUAUCAGGUUAUUCGGAAUCAUCCAUCAGCUCUGGAGAUCUAUAAAAAGAAACUCUCAGAAUCAGGACAGGUGACUGAAGAAGAUAUUCAUAGGAUACAGGAGAAGGUCCUUUCAAUCCUCAAUGAAGAGUUCUUGGCAAGCAAAGAUCAUGUUACUAAUAGAAGAGACUGGCUUGCAUCUCAUUGGUCUGGUUUUAAGUCUCCCGAACAGCUUUCACGUGUCAGAAACACUGGAGUGAAACCUGAGAUCUUGAAGAACGUAGGCAAAGCAAUUACAACCCUUCCAGAUAAUUUUAAGCCUCACAGAGCUGUAAAGAAGGUUUACGAUCAACGUGCACAAAUGAUUGAAACAGGGGAAGGAAUUGAUUGGGCUGUUGGGGAGGCUCUUGCUUUUGCCACACUGCUAGUAGAAGGCAACCAUGUUCGAUUGAGCGGUCAGGAUGUUGAAAGAGGUACUUUCAGUCAUCGUCAUUCAGUGAUUCAUGAUCAGGAAACUGGGGAGAAGUAUUGCCCACUGGAUCAUGUCACCAUCAACCAAAAUGAAGAGAUGUUUACUGUCAGCAACAGCUCUCUCUCAGAGUUCGGUGUUCUUGGAUUUGAAUUGGGUUACUCGAUGGAAAGUCCAAAUUCUUUGGUAAUUUGGGAAGCUCAAUUUGGUGACUUUGCUAAUGGGGCUCAAGUGAUAUUUGACCAGUUCCUGAGCAGUGGUGAAUCAAAAUGGCUGAGACAAACUGGUCUUGUUUUGCUUCUUCCUCAUGGAUAUGAUGGCCAGGGCCCUGAACAUUCUAGUGCACGGUUGGAACGAUUCCUUCAGAUGAGUGAUGACAAUCCUUUUGUUAUACCCGAGAUGGAACCAACUUUUCGUAAGCAAAUCCAAGAAUGCAAUUGGCAGAUUGUAAAUGUUACAACCCCUGCUAAUUACUUCCAUGUUUUGCGGCGUCAGAUACACAGAGACUUCCGUAAGCCCCUUGUCGUGAUGGCUCCCAAAAACCUUCUUCGUCACAAGGACUGCAAAUCAAAUCUCUCGGAGUUUGAUGAUGUGCAAGGCCAUCCUGGUUUCGACAAACAGGGGACCAGAUUUAAACGUCUCAUAAAGGAUCAAAAUGACCACUCGGACCUCGAGGAGGGUAUCAGGCGUCUGGUUCUUUGCUCUGGAAAGGUUUAUUAUGAGCUUGAUGAAGAGCGUAGAAAGGUUGAGGCAAAGGACAUUGCAAUUUGUAGGGUUGAACAACUAUGCCCGUUCCCAUAUGAUCUCAUCCAGCGCGAGCUUAAGCGAUAUCCAAGUGCGGAGGUUGUUUGGUGCCAGGAAGAACCAAUGAACAUGGGCGCAUACAGUUACAUUGCACCACGCCUAUCCACUGCCAUGAAAGCAUUGGGCAGAGGAACUAUGGACGACAUCAAGUAUGCUGGGCGCGGGCCAUCUGCUGCAACAGCCACUGGUUUCUACCAGAUGCAUGUGAAGGAACAGGCUGAACUUCUGCAAAAAGCCAUGCAACCUGAGCCAAUACAAAUUCCUAAUUGAAGCUUUUGCAUACUGUCGAGUACAAAGUCUAAGAACAAUAAUUAAAAAUUUACACACCAAAGUUAUGUUGGCGUUUUGAUACCAUUUACAUCUCGCCUUGUUUAGGCGGCUGCUUUUUUUUUAUCCCUUUCACCCAAAAACUUCUAGCCAAGGGACCUUGGUUUUUUACACAAGCGAAGUUGCUCUUCGAGAUGUACUGUCUUGCAUUACAAGAAGGAAAUGUUUGUCUUUAUUGGAACAUGAUUUGCAGGGACA